GCGCCCAUAUACUAUUUCUCGCGGUAACAUAAUAUCUUAUGCAGAUGAUAUUGUUUUCGUGUUUUUAGCGAAUUAAUAUAUGGGAUGAGGUAUUUCUGAGUGCACAAAUAGGUUUCAUUAAUGUUAAAAAGUGCCUUUAUAAUAAUAUGCUUAUCUUAAAUUCACAAAAAACCUAAUAUACCGCCCAAAAAUAUCGAUAUAUCAACUUAUCGAUAUUUUUCGUUAAUCCUAAUGUCAAAUUUGACAUGAAUCUGACAAAUCUCAUAUGUUUUUGUUAGAUUUUGUAUGGUUUUGUGUACAGAAAUGUCAAAGGAAAUGUUGAAACUUUUGUAAAACAUUAAUUUAAAGACGAUUAAUUAAAAUUUUUAUCUUUCAUUGGUUGCUAAAAAACAACAUAUUUUGUAAGGAAUUAUGAAUUAAUUAAAAUGGAUAACAAUUACGUAAAACAUACUAUAGACGGCCUCAAAUCUACCUCCUCUACUCGAGUUCAAGAAACUUUACUUAAAAUAAGAAGUAAAUUGACUACAAAUGACGAUGGGAUUAAGUUAUUUCGUGAAUGUGGUGGCUUGAAUUAUUUACUGCCACACUUACGUAAACCAAAUGAAAGAAUUCUUGAUGUUACCCUUAGUAUACUCGGCAACUGUUGUCUUGAAGAAGAAAGUAGCUUAUUGGUUGGCAAGUUAAAUAGUUUUGUACCCCUUGUCAAUAUUCUGAAGACUGUUUGUCGUGAUAGUAUAGUGGGUAGAGCUUGUCGUGUUAUUGGAAACUUGGCUCAAAGAAACACCAAUGCAGAGGGCCUGCACAAUAGUGGAGCAGUUGCAGCUCUUCUGGCUGUAAUUGAAAAGAGAGAUAACAAUACUUCUUACCCUACAUUAGCAAUGGCUGUAAGAGCUAUUAGGCAACUAUGGAUGGUUAAUGAUAAAAGAGAUGAAAUGGUUGCACAAAACACAGUGCGGAUUAUAUCAAUACUACUUACAACAGAAUGUGAGAAAGCUGGAAUCAUAAAGUCUUCAUCAAAUCAUGCAGCGGCAGAGAGUGAAGGUCUCAGAAAAAGUCAAGAGGAAUUAAUUGUUGGUAUUCUAAAAUGUAUAGGAUACUUUACCACUUACUCAUCUGUGCCAUGUUCAGAACAGAUCCAAGGUGAUGGUAGGGGAUAUCAGUGUUUAGUGGCAUUGACAAAAUCCUAUGAAUCUUUAGCUUUGAAAUGCAUAAUGAACCUUUGUUAUCUUUCUCCAUGCCGACCUCUUUUGGGCAUAGCAGGUGUAGUUGAAUGUCUUGUAGGUGUUUUACAGAAAUGUAAAGGAUUUUUGUGGUGGCCUGAAGGUGCAGCACGCGCAUUAUCUUUGCUCAGUGGAGAAUCAGUAAACAGAUCACGCUUGCGUCAUUGUGGUGGACUGCCAUUGUUAGUUGUUGCAGCUCGUGAAAACCAAUAUGCUUUACAUUCUUUACUACAGUAUGUAUUCGAUGAUUCAGCUUUUCAAAUACUGCUAAAUGAAGGGCUUGUCAAUCUUUUAACUGAUGAACUCACUAAUUACCUGACAACUAUGGAUUAUGAACAUAGCAAUGUAGAAGAUGUUUCCUCUGUAUAUUUGACGGUCCCAAGCUGUUCUAAAGCAAAUAUCAAACCUUUGGAUAAGAGCGAUGUAAACACCAAUCGAACCGAAUCUAAAGGAAACUUAUUUACACGGCGUAAAGCUAUCGUUCAUCAAAAUGAGGAUGAACUUAAAGUGGUCAUAGAGAGAGAUAACAUGAUUGUUGGAUUCGUUGAUGCUAUUGAUAGUGAUGCAACUGAAGACAGCCAAAGUGAGGAUGAAGACGAUUCACAAACUAAACGCAAGUGCUUAAAAAGGACUAGAUCUGGGAGUCCUAAAAUUAUUGAAAAGAAAUCACAAGUAAUCAAAAUGGCUAAAAAAGAUUGGUCAGCUGGUGUCUAUUGGGAACCAAAAAGCCCUGAAUGGCCUUCUGGCAGCCAAACAUCAAACACACAUGUACCACUAAGUCCAGAUAAAUCUGAUCAAGGACCCACAUCUCCAUAUGCAGACAGCUGUAAAUCUGGCUUCAGCCCUGAAUAUAGAAGUGAUUCUGGCAACAAAAGACCAAGAUGGGAUUGGAGCCCUGAGUCUGGAGUAAGCAGUGGAGAUGCAAGUCCAGUUUGGAAUAAUUGCAGAUGGAGUCCAACUAAUUCUGGACAGGCGUCACCUUUUAGCACCAAUGAAGAUAGUUCAGAUUCUGAGAUAUCUGGUCGUUAUUCGCCAGUUUGCAGCGAUACAGAAGGCGAAGUGGACGCUAGCAACACGGUUGUUGAUUUCGACGCAGCUCAGGUGGCGAAUGAUCUCGAUGAUCUCAUCAUGGACGACGACGAGAGCAACGACGGAGAUACGUCGUUGGAGGAUGGUUAUAAAAUAAAUGCUACCACUUUGACGUCACGCAUCGCCUGUGUGUUAGUGCUCUUAUUCCGAGUGUCGCAUGGCGCUUGUAUGAUGAGUUCUUUACGCGACGAACCAGUGCCAAACCAUACGCUUGAACUACUCACUGGUCAGGAAUGCCUCAACGGUCUCUUGGAUUAUGUAGAGCGAUGCAAGCGACCUUUAGGCAGAGCCGCUCGCAUUCUAGCAAGAGUUUUAAGCAACGCUCCAAGUUUGAUGAGUAUACUGAAGCACAGGCUAACCUUACGUCUCUAUAACAUGUCUAUACAUUCCAAACAUCCACCUAAUAAAUGUCUACAGUGUAAACAAAUCAUUAGGUUAAGUAGUAAGCUUUUGACCCAGUUGACGAUUCACGCUGAAUCCAGUUAUGGCAUGGGCGAAAUAAGUUACAACCUACUGAAAGGAAACACUUCUAUCAAACAAACAUUGUCACUGUCACUGCCAUAUAUAGUGAGGGCUGAAAGACAACUGAAGAAAUAUUUCAUAGACUGCAGUGCACUUAAUUUACUAUUUGCAUUGAUCGCUGAAGAUAAAGAAGAUCUACAAGUCUGCGUUACUGCUCUUGGAAAACUUGCCACUAACGUUCAUAUUAAAGACCCGAAGACUCUAGAGAACCGCUUCAAAGAUCAUAUAUGCGUCAGUUACGAUCCUAUACUAGAUAAUCUCUCUAGUCAUGAUAUAGUUACAUUUCAGUUGGACGAUUCGUCAACUGUGAAAGCGAACAAAAUAUAUCUAUGCCAAAAUUCAGAAUACUUUAGUGCGAUGUUGAUGGGUCGAUUUAAAGAAUCUGUUGAGAAAUGCGUGCGAUUGAUAGACGUCACCAAACCUGCUCUAGAAUAUCUUCUCACGCUAUUACAUUGUGGUUUGAAUAAUCCAAAAUCUGAAGUGCAGGUCUUCCCAAUGUCUGAUGAUCUGGAAACUAAUUUAGAAGUACUUUUGCUAGCUGACAGAUAUUUGUUUGAGAAAUUAAAAGAGUUGUUGAGCAGUGCCAUUUUGCAAUUCCAAAUGACACCUGAAACGGCUGAUAAAAUUUAUAUAUGGUCUUUGAGUAAAGGAAUGGGAUUUUUAUGUGUUGAAUCAGUAGCAUAUAUAUUAACAGGAAACAUGUGCGAAUCAAAGCGUACGCGUUCGUUUAAAAGAAUUUUGGAUUUGGAAUACAAAGAGCAGUGGUUAGACGAUAUCAAAUCCAUGAUAAGACGCCAAUUGAUUAAAUGAAUUUCCUAAAUUAUAUAUAAUCGCUAAGUAUAAAAUUAAAUACAGUAGGUGCCAUCUAACUUUGCUACUAAGAACUAAAGUUAGUUAAGUUAUUUGGCGCACACUGUACGUAUGUGUAUAUAAUUUGUAAAGUAGUAAUAAUUUGUAAUGAUGUAUUAACUCAAUAUACGUAUAAAUAAUAAUAUAUAUUAAUAAUAAUUAUACAUAAUAAUGAAUUUGAAUAUGUAUGCAAUUACUAGUAACAAUAGGGUAUUGGACGACUAUCAAAA